CGUAACCGCACCGUUGUGCGUUCUGAAGAGGUCGUUGGGGAUGAUACUGGAUAUCUACAUGUUGGACCAUACCACACUUUGGAUAUUAACAAGGUUUCUCCAUACAAACGUCUCAACGUAACUUGGGCACCAGUCAUCUAUGAGAACGCCACACUCAUUCUCCCGACGGCCACCAUAGAGUUCCGCCAGUCCUUUGACUGGAAUAGAUUGACAGCCGCUGCAUGCCCGAGUGCCAUGUUGAUAAGCUCACACGUCACACUGUGGGGGACACUGGAUGGAGCAAGGGCUCAUUUGCUGGUUGGAUCAGGUGGUUCCCUCACGAUGGAGUUGCCCAGCACACGUAGCCUGAGCUUUGUUGGGGUGACCAUACAGGAAGAUGGUCUAUUUGAACUCAAGAGCUACGAGGGACAAGCAGACGAUCCAUGGGUCCUAGAGGUAACACCAGGAGAAGGCGAAGGUCAAAGGUCUGGCAAGGUCACUGUUGAAGGAGGUGGAACUAUUAAAGGAUCUGUUUUGGAUCUGAGGGGUCACUCCUUGGUGGUGGACAGUGGUGGUGUGAUUACAGCAAACGCCAUGGGGUUGGAGGAGGGAGCUGGAGCGCCCUCUAGUGAUGGGCUGAGGGCAGGGGCUGGAUAUGGUGGGCUCGGUAGUAAAGGUUCAUCCGAUUUGUCUGUAGGUACAGUGUACGGAUCUCUACAUAGACCCAUAGCGUUUGGUAGUGGAGGAGGAGUAAACGGAGCCAAAGGGGGCGGCAUUCUGCGACUGACUGUUGAUACUACACUGGAAGUUGAAGGUGUCAUACAGGCAAAUGGAGCUCCUGGUACUGGGACAUACAACGGAGGAGCAAGCGGGGGUUCUAUAUGGAUCACAACGAGAGAGAUGGAGGGUGAAGGACAAAUACAGGUUAUUGGAGGAUCUGGUGGAUCUUCUGGAGGCGGUGGUGGAGGUGGACGGCUCGCUGUUUACUAUCGGACUAUGGACUGGUGGUUUGGAAGACUACAGGCUCACGGCGGUACAGGGUAUAAUCGUGGGCCUGGAGGUGCAGGGACAGUCUAUCUCGAGAUUCUGCCACCUGCUCUUCGGAAUCGCACUCUUAUCAUCGAUAACCUCAACCAACCACCUCUAGUGGAGACCAUAACACCCGAGCAGUAUAGCCAGCCCAGCCUUGGUUCCAGCCGCACGUGGCUGCUGGAUGACGACCUGGAUGGUGCUUUGGAGUUUGAGCAUGUGCGCAUUGUGAACCAAUCACACCUGGUUGCAGAGACUAACUUGACACAACUGAGAGUUGGUACCUUCCACAGUGACCACACCUCUUUUUUGCACAUUGGCAAUGGUCAAGUGUUUGUCGCCAGUUUUGCUGAUGAUGCAGAGUUUGAUGUCAACGUUCAUGUGUACGAGGGCGGUUUACUCGUUCUGCCUCCAACAUUCACCUGUUAUAACGUAACCAUAGUGGUCAGGGGUACAAUCAGCAUCCAUGACCUGACCAUCGGCCAGGGAUGUCAUCUCCUACUUUCACAAACCGGUACCUCCCGUCUCCUCAGCGAUUCCCUCGACACCUCCCUCGACCUCUUAGAGGGGUCACUGGCGGGUCACUAUCGUUUCGACUCACUGACCAUCGCCGCUGACGGAGAAGUCGCAUCAGUCGACGACGGCGACGACACAUUGGAAAAUUUCACUCUGAGUGUGCAGAGGUUAAAGGUUGAAGGCGGGGGGCACCUGCACGCCACUAGAAUGGAGAUCAACGCCGACAUCUUGAUAGUUGAUGAUUUGGGAAGAGUGGUGGCAGAUGUUCAUGAGAUACCGUGUGAAGAGGAAGAUGGAGCGGGAAAAGACCCGUCUGGCAGUUAUGGGGGUUCAGGGGCUGGUCAUGGAGGUCGUGGUGGUCGCAGUACCCAUCAACCCAAAACCGGAGCAGCCUACGGUCACGUCUUGGAGCCUUCACACAUGGGCUGCAAAGGAGGCGGUCCCAAGGCAGGGCGAGGCGCCGGGAAGAUGAUUCUGAAUAUCGCUGAGACGCUGAAGAUUGAUGGAGAGAUCAUUGCUGAUGGGGAGUCUUCAACCCAGUAUGGAAACGGUGGUGGGAGUGGCGGAUCCAUCUGGAUCAAGACUAAUUUGAUGCAGGGCUAUGGAAGAGUGUCAGUUAACGGAGGUGCUGGCAGUGUCUACAAUUCCUAUCAGGGAGGCGGUGGAUCUGCUGGACGUCUUGCAGUCUACUUCGCUCAGAACCGCACCUUCUCAGGGUCCUUUGAGGCCCAUGGGGGUCUGUCAGGGGGAGAGCAGGCAGGGGUUGGUGGACCAGGGACAAUGUUUUUCUACCACACUGGAUACAAACAUCGAACGCUGAUUGUUAAUAACAUCGGCAGGGGGCCUAAGGAAGAUGAGAACGUGAUCUCUGAUUACGAUGAUCUCUCUGAAGAUGAAAGCAGGGCGUGGCUCUUACCCUCAUCCGGAGAUCAUGAUCUUGCAGGAGAUCAGCAGUAUUACUUUGAGGAGUUCCAGCUCUACGGUCGGGCUCAUCUGGCCAUUCUCACCGACCCCCCUCACUCCAAUGCCACCAUUUACUUUGAGAAUAUGAUCGGCGAUCGCACAGGCACCUUGCACAUCGCAAACAACCAAUCCGUUGACCUGUACCGUCCGACCAUCGACCUACCUUUCAACGUCCACGUUUACGAGGGCGGCCAUCUUGGAUUGGCCCCAGAUACCGUCGUGCAUGGCGUCACCAUCUUCCUGAACGGGGCGUUGAGUCAUAUCAACACGCUCAUACUGCACCACGGGGGACGCUUCUGGUUGAACAAAGAUGGCCACACAGGUGAUCUUCCGUCUGGUCAUUACGAAUUCGACUCAAUCCACGUCCAAGACGAGGGUUACAUCCAUAUGAUAUCGGACCCUGUCCAGGAUCUCGGAAUGAACCUGACCGUCCGAAGCCUCCAGGUGGAUGGCGGCGGUCUCGUUGAGUGCACACACCUCUAUGUCCGCGCUGAAGUAAUCACCAUUGAUGCCGGGGGCAGGCUGAGUGCCAAUGGUACGGGAUACUCUGUCCUGAAUGGUAGCAGUCUGAAUCCUGAUGGCAGUCGGAGAGAAGGUCUACAUGGGGUUAUCAACCCUGGCCUCGGGGAGACAGGAUCUGUUGGAUCAUCAGGAGCUGGACAUGGAGGAAGUGGAGGACAUGGCUAUGGUGUUGAGGAGACUGGUCAGCCUUACAGUGAUCUCUAUGAGCCAGAGGAGUUCGGAAGUGCUGGUGGUGGACCGAAGGGUGGCUCUGGAGGUGGCCGUAUCUGGUUCAACGUCACUGACGCCAUCCUUAUCGAUGGGAUCGUAUCUGCCAAUGGGAACGACGGGGACACAGCUAGUUCCAACAAUGGAGGUGGAAGCGCUGGGAGCAUAUGGAUGCACUGCGCCAAGAUCAAAGGAUACGGAACGAUCGCGACAAACGGCGGGGCCGGAUCAUCAAGGUCUGGAGGUGGGGCCGGAGGAAGAGUGGCGUUGUACUUCAUGCAGAACGACACGGCAAAUGGUUUUAAGUACGAAUCCCAUGGAGGAGCACCUGGCAUUGAUUGCGAGGACUGCGAGGGUGGCGGACCAGGAACCGUUUUUCUCUACCACCUCUACCACGACCAUAGGACGCUCUUCCUUGAGAAUGCUGGGUUCGUGCCGAGAACUAAAGCCAUUGACUGGGACAACUUGAACAAGGAUGGCUGUCGGGCUUGGAUUCUUCCAUUCUCGGGGAGUCAUGGAUUUGCCGGAGGGAGCAAUGAGUUUCAUUUUGAGGAGCUGCAGAUCUAUGAUGGUGCUCAUAUGGCUGUGUUAGCUACCAACGGCUCACAGGGUAAUGUUAAUCUGAUUGAUGAGUUGAACAAUGGGCUGGUUGUUGCUCCUUCGCGUCCUCGUCUGGUUACAUUAUUCUUUCAGCAUAUGAUUGGAGACCGGUCAGGAACUAUCCAUGUUGGCGACCUUCAAGAGAUGGACUUGGAGCGAGAGGAAAUUGAUUUACCAUUCAGUGUACACGUCUACUAUGAUGGACACCUUGGUCUAGCACCUAAGACUGUCGUCCAUGGUGUUGAAGUCCACAUGGCUGGGUUGUUAUCACACAUUCAGAACCUAACCCUUCAUCACGGUGGGUACAUGUGGCUUCAACAUGGCGGACGAACAACUGGGAGUCCUUUCAGCCAUUAUGAGUUUCAGUUCGUUCGUGUUCAGGAUGACUCAAAGAUUGAAGCAACAACUGAUCCUAUUUCAGAACCUGGCAUUACCUUCAAGGUGCGUGUCUUUGCCAUAGAAGGUGGAGGACUAUAUCAUGGGACUCGUUUGACCAUUCUCGCUGAGAACAUAACUGUUGAUGAUGGUGGACAACUUGCAGCAGAUGCGUUGGGGUAUGAUUCAAUGCAUCGAAAUGACACCCACUUUCAUCUGUCUCUGCAUGGAGAUGUCAAUCCUGGUAUGCCUGACUUAAACACUGGUCUAGGGUCUGGUGCUGGACAUGGUGGCAGCGGUGGGAUCAGCAUCCAUUCUGCAGGAAGAACGUCUGGCUUUGCUUAUGGAGACCUCUAUGAGCCCUAUGUUUUUGGAAGUGCAGGGGGACUUGGGAUCAACAGUGCCUCUGGAGGACGAGGUGGUGGGUUGAUUUGGAUGAAUGUGACGGACACAAUCGAGAUUGAUGGCCAGGUGACAGCAAAUGGUGGCUCUGCUGAUGGAAAUGGUGGAGGCGGUGGCAGCGGUGGGAGCGUCUGGGUGUACUGCCACACUAUCAAAGGGUAUGGACGAUUUGCCCUCAAUGGGGGUGACGGAUCCACACAUCCCACUUCCCCGGGGAGUGGUGGAGCUGGCGGCCGACUUGCAAUGUACUUUGUAAACAAUGAAACUGCAUCUGGAUUCAAUUACCAUUCAAGGGGUGGACAAGCAGGACAUCCGAACUUAGCUGAGAACGGGGGUGCGGGAACAGCGUUCUUGUACCACAUGGUGUACGAGCAUCGUACGCUCAUUGUUGACAAUGGUGGUCUUCAUCCUUUGGACCCCCUGAAUGUUAUUGACACAUACUCUGAUCUCACUCUUGACAGGUGUCGCACCUGGUUUCUACCCCAGUCAGGUGGCCACGAUUUUGCCAAUAGUAAGUUCGACUUCCACUUUGAAGAACUACAAAUAUACGGCGCUGCCCACGUUGCAAUUCUUACAGAGCCUGUUGACACCAACGCUACUCUGUUUUUCUUGUACAUGAUCGGUGAUCGUUCUGGAACUUUCCACGUCGGGAGAAAUCAGGAACUGGAUCUCUUCAGGCCCGAGAUCGACUUGCCGUUCAGCGCGCGUGUCUACGCAGGCGGCUUCCUGGGUCUUGCUCCGUUUACCAUCGUUCACGGUGUGAGCAUCUGGCUGCAUGGAGUCUUAGCACACAUUGAGAACAUGACACUGCAUCAUGGAGGCUUGCUCUCCAUGGAGCAUGGGGGGCGAACCUGGCACGAUGAUCCAAGCCACUAUGAUUUUGAAAUUGUCCGCAUCCAAGAUAACUCCACCAUACUUGGACUUACUGAACCAGUUGGCCACCCUGGAAUUUCCUUCAAAGCCGUCGCGCUGUUUGUUGAAGGCGGGGGUGUAUUCCACGGAACCCGACUGUCCAUCAAUGUGGAGAAUGUUACAAUUGAUGACGGAGGGAGUUUGAAUGUCAACGGUGAGGGGUACAGUGUCUCUGACUCCCAAAACAUCUCGAGUGGUGUGAACAUUGGACUUGGUUUCAGCGCAACUCGAGGCUCCUCUGGUGGUGGACAUGGUGGCACUAGCGGUCGUGGUGAAGAAGCUCUUAAAACAGGACAGCCGUACGGAAGCUUAUACGAACCAUUUGAGUUCGGCAGUGCAGGUGGAGGUACAAACGGUGGCAGCGGUGGAGGGAUUAUCUUUCUGAACAUCAGCGACACAUUCCAGAAUGAUGGAAUUCUUAGCUCAGAGGGAGCUCCUGGAGGUGACACUACAAGCGGUAGCGGCAGCGGAGGGAGCAUCUUGAUUGAGUGUUCCCUGAUCAAAGGAACGGGUGUGGUUUCAGUUAAUGGUGGUAACCAGACAAACACAGCUGGUGGUUCUGGCUCGGGCGGUCGUACUGCUCUGUACUUUCACUCCAACCAAACUUUUCUCGGCCGGUUCGAGUCUCACGGUGGUAGAGCAAUGUCGCCAGCCGAAUCAGGUGGACCCGGGACAGUCUUCUUCUAUCACCAAGGCCACCAGCAUCGGACGUUGCUUGUUGAAAACGGCAACCUUGAGAGUCCAUACAUUGUGAAAAUACAGAGCCAUUCUGAUAUUUCACAGGACAGUUUCAAGGCAUGGCUGCUCCCUCAAUCGGGUGGGCAUCACCUAGCUGGUGGGAGUCAUGAUUACCACUUUGAGGAGCUCCAAAUCUACGGCAACGCUCAUCUUGCAAUUCUAACCGAUCCAUAUGAUCACGGUGCUACACUUCACUUUCUCCAUAUGAUUGGUGACCGCUCCGGCGUCGUCCACAUCGGGCCGAACCAAAUCAUGGAUCUGCGGAGAGAUUUCAUCGAUAUCCCGUUCAGCGUGUACAUCUACCAGCGAGGUUACCUUGGACUGGCCCCAGACACCGUCCUCAGUUAUAUCUUCAUCAGUGUGGAAGGCAGACUGGAUCACAUCCACAAUAUGACCAUGUACAAUGGAGCAUCCCUUCAGUCCCACCUCACUGGAUCCACGAACGAUCUGCCUCGCCUGAAGUAUCGCUUCAAUGGGACCGUUAUCGUCAAAGCCAACAGCGUGAUGAAUUUUUCAGCGCCCUUCGCUCAUCCGGAGCAGUACUCCCUACAUGCUGACAACCUGGUGGUUGAAGGUGGCGGUCUGGUCUAUGCUAAGAACCUGAAGAUUGAGUGCGAUGGAAACAUGACUGUUGACGAUGGGGGUAAUGUUGAUGUUAGCGAUGGAGGCUACCUGUCAGAUCUUGGACAAGCACCUGGUGUUUCCCAUCGCCUUGGUAACAGUGGUGCAUCUCAUGGAGGUAUGGGAGGAAGAGGAGCUUGCGGUGGGAUCAUAAGCUGCCGUCUGAAGCGCAACAUCCCCUACGGUAACCUCUUGUAUCCUGGAGCUUUCGGCAGUGGAGGUGCAGGACCACGUGGUGGAAUAGGCGGUGGCAUCCUGAACAUUGAUGUGAAGGGAAUUCUGAGAGUAGAUGGCCACAUCAAAGCCAACAGCUUGGACAUCGGUGUAGCAAGUUCCCUAUCAGGAGCUUCUGGUGGCAGCGGUGGGAGCAUCCUCAUCCAGACUGGAGCUCUGACUGGAGGCCACACAGGAGCAAUCCAAUCAAUGGGAGGCUCAGGAGAUGCUUCUGGUGGCAGUGGCUCUGGGGGACGUAUCACCGUCUACCACACCAGCAAUGUGACCCACGACUUCUUCCAAGGGGCUUACAACGUCCACGGAGGUCCUGUCUAUUCCUCCGCUGAGGCUGGUGCCUCUGGAACCUUCUACCUCAAGAAUCUUGGCACUGAGUUGAGCGUUCUGAGAGUCGACAACGACGGAAGACAGUCCAUCGAUAACGAGGUUGAGAAUAUUGGAUGGCGUCUUGAUUUGAGCAACACGCCGGCCACGUACAGCAAGUCGUCAUCCUUUACUUCGACGUCUGGGGUUACAGUGACGUCCAGUUCAAGCGUGUACAACCGCAACCCGUACUACUAUGGCAACCCAAACGAUGGAACGUCGUACCUGAUUCAUUACCUGUUUGAUCAGACUCUGAAUGAUGACUUCCACCAGUAUUUCCUGAGUCAUGACGCCUCAACGACUCUCACAAUCAAUCUAGAGGACGAUUAUUUUAUCAACACUGUUAGAGUGUACCCGGUCUGCAGGUUCCCUACCAGGUUUAAGGUGCAGUCAACUACUUCAGACGGCGUUGUGAAGGAUGUAACCAGUAACUAUGUCCUUCCCAGUUCUUCAUGUCACUACGGCUCUUAUGCUGACCUCCCUGUUCGAUGGAAUGCAACCAAGCUGACAUUUUUUCUGUCUUCAACACUUGGCAAUAAUAGAUAUGCCGCCAUGUCGGAAAUUGAGAUUUUUGUCGAUGGUCAGAGUGUCCAUGACAGAUACAAGUACAGGGAGCUGAGCAGCGCACGUACAUGGAUUGAACCGGAAACCGGAACCAAUUCUUAUAGUUUUGAUGAGUUGUACAUCACUGGUGGAGCCCAGCUUGCCAUCUUGCCAGAUGGAGAUCUAAGAACUGAGGUUGAUGUCUAUGUUGGGGAACUGUUUGGAGAUACCUCUGGGUAUCUUCAUGUGGGCUUUUCCCAAGGUGUUUCAGUUAAUGUGACACACCCGGAUAUACCGUUCAAUAGUCGUAUCUAUGAGACGGGUAAGCUGCACAUGCCAAGCAGAGCCUUCUUCAAGGGAGUGCAGAUGAAGACAUCGGGAAAGGUGACAGGCAUAGACAACUUGUACGUCUUUGAUGGUGGGUAUGUGUACAUUGACACCAAUGGCAGUAUGGGUGCGGACAGCAUGCCUGGUGAGAUUCAACUGGCCUCUGUUCACGUGCAGGAUCGGGGAACGUUUGAGCUGUUCUCAUAUGAUAAACACGUUGGCAUGGAGAUGAAUCUAACUAAUUUGACAGUUUACGGAGGUGGAUUGUUCAAAUCCAAUGACAGAUUUGACGUGACUGCGCUUCAUCUUGUGGCUGUGUACUCCGGUGGUGAAAUCAACCUUGAUCACGGCGGAUACAUCACCAAAGAUGUCAGAGGUCAAGGCUUUGAACCCUCCGAAGGACCGGGUCAGGGAUAUGGCAGUACAAGUGGAGGCAGUGGUGGAGGUCACGGUGGCAGCGGUGGACGCGGAAGAGGACAGUCAUUCAUUGGGCUUGCUUAUGGGUCUAUAUACAACCCAGUCGACUAUGGUAGUACAGGCGGAUAUGGGCAACAGUAUGCGCUUUGA